UUCCCCCCAGUGCCUGCCCCGGCCCCAGCGCUGCCCCGCGCUACGCCGCGCCGGGGCUGGUGCCGGCACUGGGUAGCAGGAUGGGCUGUAUCCAGAGCAUCACCUGCAAGGCGCGGAUCCGGCGGGAGAACAUCGUGGUAUACGAUGUUUGCGCCACCAUCGACCAGUGCCCCACGCUUAUCGAGGAAAGCUCGCCCAUCGUCUUGCGGUACAAGACCCCUUACUUCAAAGCCUCGGCCCGGGUGGUCAUGCCCCCCAUCCCCCGCAACGAGACCUGGGUAGUAGGCUGGAUUCAAGCCUGCAACCAGAUGGAGUUCUUCAACACGUACAGCGACCUGGGCAUGUCAAGCUGGGAACUGCCGGAUUUGAGGGAAGGGAGAGUAAAAGCCAUCAGUGACUCAGAUGGGGUGAGCUAUCCUUGGUAUGGGAAUACUACUGAAACUGUGACCCGUGGCCCCACCAACAAGAUCUCCAGGUUCUCAGUCAGUAUGAAUGACAAUUUCUACCCCAGUGUGACAUGGGCUGUCCCUGUGAGUGACAGUAAUGUUCCACUGCUGACGAGGAUCAAGAGGGACCAAAGCUUUACCACCUGGCUAGUGGCCAUGAACACAACCACAAAAGAGAAGAUUAUCCUACAGACCAUCAAGUGGAGGAUGAGAGUGGACAUUGAGGUGGAUCCCCUGCAGCUUCUUGGGCAUCGAGCCCGGCUGGUGGGCAGGACUCAGCAGGAACAGCCUAAGAUCCUGAAUCGAAUGGAACCCAUCCCCCCCAAUGCACUAGUGAAGCCCAAUGCCAAUGAUGCCCAAGUUCUCAUGUGGAGACCCAAGCGAGGACAGCCUCUGGUUGUGAUACCUCCUAAAUAGAAUAUUAUUGUGUGUCUGGUACACACAGCCAAGGAGUGUAAUGAUGCUGUCAGGGCAUAGUGUGAACAAAACUGAUAUUCUGAGCCAAAGCAGACCUCUCGGGUUUGCCUGCCUUCGCAGCCACUAAUAAAAAAUGGGGUUGCUCUUCAGGCAGAGGAAUCAUAUUCCCUGGGAAGGUCCCUCCUUAUUGAGGAAAGGAAAUCACUGAUCUUAUGGACUUCCUGUGAUGUAUCCUGUGGGUAGCCAUACUUCAGGGCUGAUUAAGGAGGCUUCCUUUAUCUGAACAACUGAACUGAAUCCUUUGCAGUGAGACACAAGGAAUGAAAACACAAUUAAUCAGUGCCUGUGGCAAAUGCUGCUUCCCAACCAUUAGAAGUGGAAAUGGAAAACAUCCAUACCAGGUGUCUCCUGGCAGGACAAGACAAGUCCAGCCAACAGAACCACAUGGCAGAAACUAGCAGGAUAUAAAUGAGAAAUGGCCUGUGGCUCUCUGAAGCUGAAGCCCUGGACAGAUGCUUCCCCGCUAAAAAAUAGUAUCAUCCAGCCUCUUUCCUCACCGCCUUCCCAUUUCUGGGACCAGAUGCUUCCCAUCCAACCUAACCUUGUGGUGCCAUGAGAACUUUGCCAUUGACUUGCUGGGUGUCAUUUGGAUUGGUCUGACGGGAGCUGUACAGAAGUGGGAGUGCCUGCUGAGUCUAUGUCUUGCAUAGAGAGAUUAACUUAAUCUAAACAGAAAAUCCAUCUUCCCCCCUGCCCUGUGGCGAACCACUCAAGAGGCAAAGAUUUGGUCAAAUCAGACUCCAUGGCACCAGCCACUAGGGCCCUGCCUCUUGCCUUUCUGAUUGCCUACUGUUCUGCCUAGAUCAGCUUAGGGCGGGAAGCAGAGGGAACAUUGGUUUCUUCCCUUUCUCUUUUCUUCUCUCUGCCCCCAACCCCCCACCUGCUGAAUAUCAACCAAGAGGGUAGGGUAUGGCAAGAUAGUAUUGAGCAUUUUCUCAAGGCUUUCCAAAGACAUUUCCAUAUGGGAAGGGCAAGAGGAAAGUAGAGGUAAAUUUCCUCUGUGGAAAGUUUUAUCACAAGGACCAAGUAAAAUUGGAUGACCGUGGAAGAAACUUCAGAAGUUACAGAAAGCCAAGCAUGAGCAACCAGGGUCUCUUUGGUGUUGGCAGUGGCAUGGGGGGAGAACCACCCAAAGGAAUCACCAUUUAUUCAUUCAUUCAUUUGUUCAUUUUCUGACUUUUGCAUUUAUACAUGUAUUUUUUAAAGUAUGUAUUUAUUGUAAGCUGGAAAGUUGGCUUUCAUCAUUGAAAUAACUAGCCUCAGUUUUACCCACAGGGCAAGGCAAUACAAUCUUCUUUGGAGCCACAGAGAAGGGUCAUAGGGUCUAAAAUUGGAAAGGACCCUUGAGGUCAUCAUAUCCAAUCCCUACAUUUGACAAACGAGGAAUGGGAGGCACAGAGAGAUGAGGUAGUUUGCCCAAGGUCACAGUACCAGGGAAGGGCAGAGGUGGUGUUCAAACCUAGGUCCUCUGAUUCCAAAAUCAGAGCUCUUCCCAUUACAGCACACUGAGUAGUCCAAAAAACAUUCCCUCUGAAGCUUAAAUUCAUCCCACCAAAGACCCCUUUCCUCCCUCAGCAUGCUAAUUCCACCUCUAACCCUAAUUCUAACUCUAUUAUGCAGUAGGUAAAGCACCGAAACCAUUUUUGAAGUUGAAAGGAAAAUUGGCAAUCUAGUACAACUUUGGAUGAGAUGACCUCUAAAGUCCCUUCCUAAUCUAAAUCUAGGGUGUUAUUAUCAAACCUUCUCCCUUUAUCAUUGAGGAAACUGAGGCCCAGAGAGAGGGAACGAUUUGUCUAAGAUUGCACAGUUGGUGGCAAACUCAAGACUGGAACCCAGGUAUCCUGACUCAGUCCAGUGCUCUCUGCAUUACCUCAUCCUUUAAGACCUUUACUGUCUUAUCCAUUUUCACUUCCAAGCCCAUGUAAUGUUGGGUUAGGAGGUUGCUCUUCAGCUCCAAACCACUGCUUAAGGAUCUAGGUUCUUUGUUUUGUAUUUGCCAUCCUCCAAAGGCCCUUCAGAUCCAAGAUCUGGCUUUUCCUUAAGCAUUAAGAAGAGGACUGUCAACUGGAAAAAGAAAGAAUUAUUUUUACCUCUCCUCCUGCUCCAUUCUCCCCAUUGAACCUCCCCCCAUUCCUUAAAUCCAACUUGCAGCAGAUUUCAAAGGUGAAGGGACAAGAGAGUAUAGAGUGUUGGGUUUAUUUUUUCUUACCUUACGAAGACCAGGACCAGUCAUUCCACUUCAAAUAUUUAAAACAGUCUUCAAGUAUGUGUAGGGUUGUCACGUGGAUGAUGAUUAUAUUUGCUCUACUGAAAGGCAGAUCUAGGCACAAUGAAUGGAAAUUGCAGAAGGACAGAUUUAGGCUGGAUUUAAAGGAAAAUUACCUAAUAAUUAGAGCUGUCCAAAAGCUGCUUCCAGGAAUAGUGGCUUUCCCCUCGCUAGAGGUCUUCAAACAAAUGGCUGAUCACUCAUUAGAGUUGUGAUAGAAGGGAUUCUUGGUCAGAAAUAGUUUGGGUUAGGGGCCCUUAAGUGGCUUCUGAAGUCCUUCCAAACUCAGAUUCUGGGAUUCCCAAAAAGAACCACCAGGCCACUCUUAAUCAAUAUGCAGGAGAUCCAAGAGCAGAAAUCUGCUAAUUCUGCCGGGUUCUCCUCCAAGGUUCCCGCCUUCCUUCCUUACCUCUGCCACCAUCACCAGAUUUUGUGACUUCAAAGGUUUGGGAAAAUUCAGUGAUGUUCCUCUGUCCCUCUAUGAAGUAAGUCUUCCUGCUCUCCAUGCCCUAGGCCUGACACGUUCCUUGGGAGCCCCCUAGAUGAAAUCCUAAGUGACACUUGAAGAAAGAAAGAAUACUGCCCAAAAGCCAGUAAAGUCAUCAAGAGAUCAACGAACAUGGGUGAAUGUCCAGUGUUUAUUGAUUCACUGAAUGGUAUCACUGUGGUCUUCACAGCUGUGGAGAAUACAUUUAUGUACGCAUCAGGGCAUAUGUUGUCCAUGUCUACAGGCACACAAAAGUUCGUUUUGAAUGGAAUUCCAAACUGAAACAAUUCACAGCCUUCAGUAUCUCUUAUUCAUUGAACUUUCACCAUACUAGAGUCAUGAUGAGUCCCGUGAACUCCAGAACUCACAUGUGUAUAAACUCAAACUAUUGUGUUAAAUAGAUUAUAAUUAAGUAGGCAAAGUUAUCAUUGGAACUCGGUUAUUGCCAACUUCCCCCUAACCCUCGACUAGAAAUUAUGCUCUCAAAAUGUUUCCCAGUUAUCCCUAGGUUUCCACUAUCUGCUUCCACCCCCAACUCCAUCUCAGUUAGGCCUAUUUUCCCCACAUACCUCCCUAUGUUGUAGAUUUUCACCAAGGUCAAAACUUACCUCUUUGGUCUCCUGCUCCCUCCAAAUCCUGACCUUCAUUAUGUGCCAACUUGAACAACCUAAUCAACGGUUCUUCCAUAAGGUCUUAGUGGGUGCUAAUAGGCUGAAUUAUUAUGCCUCCUAAGUAAACACAUCAUUUAACCCAGACCUCCUAGAAAUUAUGCCUUAACCCAAAAGAAUGACUAAUGGUAGACAUCCCAGGCACUUUAGUAGGCCCAUAGGGAGGAUAUAUUUAGGCAGAUGAGCUAAUGGGUGAUAUUUUUAGAAAGGCAAGUUGCUCAACUCAUGCCAAGAUGUGGGCUCCCUACCCCGCCUAUGGGUAGGACUAACACCAUCCAUACCCAAGGAAAUAUACGUGUACUUUCCACCGUCUUGAGAUUUUCUUUUCAGUAUCCCUUUGUUGAUGCAUAUAAAAAGUAACCAGCCAAAUUAACUAAAACCUAAGAAAUUUAAAGUAUCAGCCUCCGUUUCACUGUCUGGUAACCACCUGACUUUAGCCUAUUGCCUUUUGCUCCCUGGACAUCACCUGUUUUGCUUCUUGACAUCUCUCCUCCUCAGUCCUGUCCUUUCUUUACAGUUUUCUUUUUGAAUUGUGUAGUGUUUGAUGUUACCAAGGAUGGGAAAGGAGGUUCAGAACACAAGCAUGUAUGUGUGUGUGUUUGCAUUGUGUGUGUGUGCAUGCAUGUAUGCACAUGUGUGUGUCUCUGUGUCAUUUUGGAGAAAAAGAAAUCAGGUAUUCUGCUUUGGUUUGGAGAAAACCCCAAUGAAGGAAAAGAUGAAAGCUGGCUUUGCAGAGUGCCUUAAAAAUGACUUGAAUUAGUAGGAAAUUCUGACUCUUCAGUCUUUGGAUGUUACAGAAACUCAAACAGAUGUUGCAUUUCACUUCUCUGGGAUUAAAAAAAAAGUUAAAUACAGUAUGUAUUCAACCAACAAAAACGUAUGGGUGUUUUUUUCCUGCUCCAACUUGGUUCUUAAAGUUGCAGUGCAUGGUUCUCUACAAAGCUCUCACAGA